AAUGUGAUUGAAUUAAUACCGGCCGAUUUUUACGAUGAUUUUCAAUUUUUACCGAACAGUCGACCGUAUCUGCCUUGUCAUAAUUUCCGUAGAUCUUAUGCUGCACUUUGUGAUUUUUAUGAUCAGCCGUUUCGUGAUGAGGUUGUCUGGGAUAUUGAAAAAAUAUACGCUACUCAUGGACUGCAUAUUUUAAGGCUGGAUGAUUUCACACAUUUGCUUCCAAGAGAUCUGCUUCCGAUCGUUGCUGUAUGUCAAUAUUCGUGCUAUUUUACGGGGCUGUUGAUAGACGAUUAUAAAUUGUCUGUUGACCUUGUCGAUGUUAUUUUAUCAGUCAUUCGAUAUUCUCAUUCUUUUACAGUUCUUAUUCUCCGCAACUGUUCACUUCCGAAGGAUUUCGUAGCUUCAUUUGCGAAUGCUGUACAAACUAACAUAUCUCUUCGCCUUUCUGAAAUCGAUUUUUCCAGGAAUGUUCUGGAUGAUAAAAAAAGUUUCGUCGCCUUAUCUUCUGUUUUCCCGAAACUCACUUCCCUUCAGUCGUUAACAUUGGCUGAGUGUGCUUUGUCUGAAAAAAUUAUCAAUCAAGUGUGCUGUGGUAUUUUGCAAGGAAUACGGGCAAAUGCAACUCCGGACUGCAAGCACUUCGUUUCGCUCGAUUUUUCCGGAAACACUUUAAAAGAUGAUGUAAGUGAUUUACUGCAGUUGUUGUCUUUAUGCACCAGCCUUCGAAGUCUGAAUCUCUCCGAUACCGGUUUUAAUAUUGAUAAAUUGUGGGCAUCGCUCAUAUAUGGUGGUUUACAGCUCGAAAUAAUAAAGAGUUCAGUUGCAGUACUGGAAACCUGCCUUCGCGGAGUUGAUGCCUGUUCUCUGUCACUGAGGGACAACUCGCUGGAUCACGAGCUACUACCGGUGGUUUUAGCAAUUUCGCAAAUGCAGCAUCUUACGAAGCUGGACCUAAGUGGACCGAAUUUCCUGAACGUGAAGCGGGGCACCAAAAAUGUGACAGUUGUUUCGAAUAUACUCCUCGAAAUUGUGAAGCUUGUUGGCGAAGAAGAAUCGAGGUUGAACGAGUUAUCGCUAGCGGAUUGUCGAUUAGGAUCGCAUUUGAGCAUUUUGCUGAACACGCUUGGUGUUGCAUCUUCGUUGCAGUAUCUGGACAUAAGUGGUAAUGAAAUGGGUAAUUUUGGUGCACGUCUACUUGCAAAAGCACUGCAGAUCAAUACUUCACUAAAAACUGUUCUGGUCGAUAGAAAUCAAAUCACCGGCGAUGGAUAUGCUGAUAUCGCGCAUUCUCUAAAGCUGUUAGUUUGA